UUGGGUGAAACCCCCCCGAUUUUCCCAAAGUGGGGGUGGGGACACAAUUUGGGGAGGGGGAUCCCCACCCCCCGCCCCCCCCCCCAAAAGUCGGGGUGGCACAAGCCCGAACUUGUCCGGGGCGGGGCGGGGCGGUGACGUCACGGUUGGGCGGUGACGUCACGGGUGGGCGUGGCGCGCUCCGCCGGUGCCGAUCGCGCCCGUCCCGAGCGGUUCAUGCGGCUCCAGCCCCCCGGGAGCGAUGGCCAGACCGCUGCGGGAAGGGACCCUCGGGGAGCCCCCAGCCCCCCUCCCCUCGCACCCCUCCUGUGGGGGGGGCGGGGGGCGCCCCCCCACGCGCGACCCCCGCCCCUCCCCCACGCGCCUCAACUGCGGGGACCCCCCCCCCGGGACCCCCCCGGAUUUUGGGAUCUACGGGUGGGGAGCGCACGGUGAUUUCGGCCCCUCGGAGCCCCCGGGGACCCCCCAAAUUGGGGGGGGUCCCGUCCCCAACGGGCGCCUGCCCGGACCCCCCCCCGGGCCGGAGCAGAUUUUGGGGGCGCGGCUGCGGCUCCUGGGGGACGCCUUCCAGCACAGCCACGAGCGGCAGCGCCGCGGGCUGUUCUGGGGGCCGCUCCUCCGCUGGGUGGCGCCCUGGCUCGGCAACGCGCCCGCAGCGCCCCUGGCGGCCAGAGGCGGGAACUGACCUGCGGAACACCUGGAAAACCGCUGGAAAACCGCUGGAAAACCGCUGGAAAACACCUGAAAACACCUGGAAAACACCUGGAAAACACCUGGAAAACUCAGACACACCCGGAGGAACCCGCGCGAUGCUGACAGAACAGCGGGGAAAGCGACGCGACCCCGAUUUAAAGCGAACACGCAAAGCACAACCCCCCCCCCCCCAAAUGGGAGUUGGUAGCGCCCGACCCCCCAUUUGGUUUUAUUUAUUUGGGGUAAUUUAUUCAUAAAAAGGGGGGGGGGGAUUUUCCCCAAAAUUGGGUUGGGAGCCCCAAAAAUGGGGGGGAAAGGGGGUCCCCCACCCCAAAAAAAAAAGGGUUUGUAAAUGGUGUAAAUUAGGGGGUGUAUAUUUAAAUUUGGGGUGUAUAUUUAAAUUUUUGGGGUGUAUAUUUAAAUUUUUGGGGUGUAAAUUAAAAUUUUGGGGUGUAUAUUUAAAUUUUGGGGUGUAAAUUUAAAUUUUGGGGUGUAUAUUUAAAAUUUUAGGUGUAAAUUUAAAAUUUUGGGGUGUACAUUUCAAAUUUGGGGUGUACAUUUCAAAUUUGGGGUGUACAUUUGAAAUUUUGGGUGUAUAUUGAAAUUUUUGGGGUGUAUAUUUAAAUUUUUGGGGUGUACAUUUAAAAUUUGGGGUGUACAUUUAAAUUUUUGGGGUGUAAAUUUAAAAUUUUGGGUUGUAAAUUGACAUUUUUUGGGUGUAAAUUUAAACUUUUAGGGUUUUUUAAGGGGCAAAAUAAAGGGCCGGUCAGGACCACCCCCCCCAAAUUUUAUUUUUGGGGGGGGGCACCCCCAAACCGCCCCUGAACCCCCAAAAAAGGGUUUUGGGGAACCCCAAAAAAGCCCCGAACCCCCCCAAAACGGGGCUGUACAUGCUGUACAUUGUACAUAGGCUGUACAUUGAAUUUUUGGGGGUUUUUGUACAUUUUUGGGUUUUUCUGUACAUUUGGGGUUUUUUCUGUACAUUUUUGGGGUUUUUCUGUACAUUUUUGGGGUUUUUUCUGUACAUUUUGGGGUUUUUCUGUACAUUUUUGGGGUCUGUACAUGGAUUUGGGGGGGUUGUACAGGAAUUUGUUUUUUUGGGGGGGGUCCCCGUUUUUUGUACCUUUGUUUGCAAUAAAAGCGAUUUACCAC